UGCGCGUGCGCGAGCGCGUGGCUGCAGGUGAAGGUGAAGCGUCGUCCUCCUCCUCCUCUGAGCAGACGUGGUGGAAGAACACAACAUGGACUUUGUCAUGAAGCAAGCUCUGGGCGGGGCCACCAAGGACAUGGGCAAGAUGCUGGGCGGCGAGGAGGAGAAGAAGGACCCGGAUGCUGCCAAGAAGGAGGAGGAGCGUCAGGAGGCACUGAGGCAACAGGAGGAGGAGCGGCAGAUCAAACACGCUCGCAUGGAAGCAGAGAGGGAGAAGGUCCGACAGACCAUCAGGGACAAGUACGGCCUGAAGAAGAAGGAGGAGAAGGAGGCGGAGGAGAAGGCGGCCAUGGAGCAGGCGUGCCAAGGUUCGCUGACCCGGCCCAAGAAGGCCAUCCCGCCCGGCUGCGGAGACGACGACCAGGACGAGGAGGAGAGCAUCCUGGACACGGUGCUCAAGUUCCUGCCGGGCCCCCUGCAGGACAUGUUCAAGAAGUAAACACGUACCAGGGGGCGGGGCAUCUUCACUUAAGUGGACUUUUGGGGGCGGAGUCAGGAUGGAUGUCCAGAGGCUUCACACUGCCUUUUUUUGUUAUUGUACUAACCGCGUGAUAUUCCUCUCUUCUGAUUGGCCGGCUGUCAUCUGUUGCUAGGCAGAAGUUCAAGGCGUUCAGUACGUAGACAAUCAAUGCAAACAUGGAGGGGGGCGGGGCUUAGCGUCUUGGUUCUUGAGGUCAAAGUGGUGCCCAGCGAGACCAAAGACUACUUGUGUUGUUCAGCAGACAAGAUGGUGGACGCCACCACUAAGAUGGUGGACGCCACCACUAAGCCAUACUUUUGCAAUAAUUUCUUUGUUUUGUCUUCUUGUCACAAUGGCGUCUGUCUCCAACGUUUUUGACAUUUUUGGUUAGCAUCACGCUAACAUGUCAUAAUGGCGUCCGUCUCCAACGUUUUUGACAUUUUUGGUUAGCAUCACGCUAACAUGUCUCAGUGGCAUCUAUCCAUAACGUUUCAACAUUUUUGGUUAGCAUCAAGCUAAC